AUGCCACGCAACACAGAAAAGAUACAUGAUUUGAAUAAAGACCUUUUUGUUAAAAUAAAAAUACCAAAUGUACCACGGCCAUCGUUUAUAUGGAACUACUUUGGACAUUUAUAUAAACAACCUAACGAGCCAUUAGAUAUAGAGAGAAUAUAUUGUAAAAUAUGCUUUGAUAAAAUAAAAGAAGAAUAUUCCGAUUCAAGUUUUUUUUCGAAACGAAGAAGAAUUGGUAUUUAUGGUGUAACCAGCGGAACAGGCAAUAUGAAAAAUCAUUUGUUAGCAGUUCACCAACUAACAGAAGUUAAUGAAACGAGAAGAACAAAUAACCAUAUACUUUCAAUGUUUUCUCGUGAUCGUGAUUCAACAAAGUCUUCACAAUUAAAAGAGCAACUUGGUCAUCAAUUGACCUUAAUGUGUUGCAAAGAUCUUCUUCCAUUUUCAAUCGUCGACAAUGAAGGUUUUCAAGAUUUUUUAAUUGCUAACAAAGUUGUUAGUAAAAAAACUGAAAUCCCAUCUCGAUCCAUUUUAUCACCUGUCAAUCUUAACAAAAUAUAUAAUGUAUGUGUUGAAAAAACAAAAGAAAAAAUGAAAUUAUCAACAAAGUAUCCGACAAUAACGUGUGAUGCAUGGUGUGAUAAGUACAAACAUCGUUCCUACAUUUGCAUCACGGUUCAUUUUAUAGAUUCAAAAUUACAAUUACACAGAUAUAGUUUAAAAACGCAACCGUUUGAUGAAGCUCAUACGGGAGAAGCUAUAAAAGAUCUUAUAUCAGGUGUUUUAACUGAAUUUGGUAUAAAUGUACAUAAUGUGAUUGUAGUUUCGGACAAAGGUGCGAAUAUGCGUAAAGCAUGGAGAUUAUUAAAUGUCAUUCAUAUAUUUUGUGUUGCUCAUGGAAUUCAUAAUUUGUUGAUGAAGGAUUGUUUUCCUAACAUGCAUUACGUUUCAGAACUAUUUGAUAAAGUGCAAUUGAUUAUUAACAAGCUUCGUUAUCGUCAACAUGAACUUGAAAAUGAACAUUUUCAAUUGGAUACAAAAAAAUAUAAUGAUUUAUUUUCGUCUAUCAAUAAAGCUGGUGAAAUUUUAGAUGCAGAUUUAGCUUCAACAAAUCUUGAUGCUGAUGAUUCAGAAGUAUUGAAUGAAAAAUGUCAAAAUAGUAAUCCAGAAGAAUUAUGGUUAUCCAACGAUUUAAAAAUGAGGUCAAACACGAGCGAAAACACAUACAAGUUCAAUUGUUCAGCAUUAAUCAAUAACCACAAUGAUUCCAAUAGAUUUCACACUUUGAAAAAACGUGUUUUAACGCGUUGGAACACAAUUUUGAUUAUGCUUCGGUCGUAUGCCGAUAACAUAUCUAGUAUUGAAGUUAUACUCGGUCGAUUAAAACAUUUUGAUUUAAUAUUGUCUGUUAAUGAAAAUCAAAUUGUUCGUGAUUUAAUUGAAUUUCUUUCUUUAUUUGAAUCCACAACAACGAUAUUAUCAGCAUCAAAAUCUUAUCCAACUAUCAGCUUAUGCUUACUAUUAAGAAUAGAAAUCGAGUCUCUAUUACGUAUCGAUGGAAUGGAGUCAUCAGUGAUUGAAGAAUUAAAAUGUUUACUGUCGGAAAACCUGGAUAAUCGAUUUCCUGUGUCUCAUCUGAAUAUUUGUGCAUUUUUGCUUGAUCCAUCUCAAUUAAAAAUUGAUAUUAGUAAAUAUUUGGCUCAAUGUCAAACAAACAAAGAAUCAAUAUUAUGCGAAAUGGUUAAAAAGUUUAGAAUCAAUCAUGUUACACAAGAAUCUGCAAACAGCAAUGUAUCAACAUUAUCACCAUCAUGCACAUUGGUAACAACAGCAACAUCAGACUCAAGUUCUUCAACGACAACAUCAGACUCAAGUUCUCCAACGACAACAUCAUCUGCUUCAGUGAAACGGAUUUUGUCCGUGGAAAGUUUAAAUCCACCGGUACAAAAUUUAAAAAAACUUAAAGAAAAUUUAAUUCAAAAACACAAACCAACACUAUCAUCUGGUAUUGAUCAUACUCUGAACGAAAUACAAAAUUAUUUACAAUUAGAUAUUCAUUGUGACGACGUGCUUCAAUUUUGGCAAUCAUCAGGAGAUGCAUACCCUCAUCUAAAAAGUCUGGCUCAAAUUAUUCUUGCUAUUCCAGCAACAUCGACACCAAGUGAACAAGUAUUCUCGACAACUGGCCUGAUUCUCAAUGCUAAACGAACAAUGUUAUUACCGGAAAAUGUUGGAAAAAUACAGAUGAUUCAUGAUAAUUAUAAUUUAUUAAAAAACACUUAA